AUGAGACCGAGUCGCGAGGUGAUCGUCCGCUACGACACAGAUCGCCCACUAUGGCACCACCGCCAGCUGAUCGAGUACUGCGACGCAGCAGUCAUGAGCCGCGUGAUGGGCGAGGCGCCCGACGAGCCAGGGUCCGUGAUCAUGUGGGCGAUGACGCCGACAGGGGACAUUUACCCAGAGGAGCUGAGCGUGCCUCCUCUACUCGGCAUCGCCCCGCGCGACCUCGCGGGGACGCGGAUCCGCGACCAAUGUCUGGGAGCACCGUCGCAUGGGGGCCAGGUGUUCGAAUCUGGGCAAGUGCUUCGACCAGCGCAGAGCGAACGAGCUCGAGCAGCAUGUCGGAUUCAGAACCUGUGA